AUUAGAUUAGGGGUAGGGCAAAAAGAGUAAUCGAGAUUCGAGAGUCGAGACGGAGUCCACUGUCCAUGCUGAGUUGUAGAAGUAGAACAACAUCUCCAUUGAGGAUGCUAUUGCAGCUAUCACCAUUAUUAUAUUGCUCUAACCCUAAUUUACUACUCUCUCCAUCUCCAAUUUCCAGAGCCUCACAGUCUCACCAUCCCCACUUCUUAUUCUGCAACAAUAACAUUGAUCCUCUCUCAAGCUCAAGCUCAAGCUCUCACACUCAAAGCAACAUGACUGGCAUUUCCAGAUGCUUCUUCUCUGCGCCCAUCAUCGAACCCAAUGAUGACCCUGACCCUAACCCGGAGGGGGAGGAUUCUCAAUCCCUCGUCGUUGUCUCCUUCUACAAGUUUGCCGAUUUUCCCGACCAUGCCCAUAUGCGAAAACCCCUCAAGGACCUUUGUCAGCAACUGCGUGUUUCAGGUGGUAUUAUACUUGCACCUGAAGGAAUCAAUGGCAGCAUUUGUGGGACGCGGGAAUCAGUGGAGAGAGUUCUUGGAUUUAUCCAAAGUGAUAACCGUCUAAAGGAGCUAAGACAAGUGGAAUCACCUGUGAGUCCUGAGGAUGAAGCUAUCCAUCAUGGUCAUGGACACUCUACCAGUUCUCCUCUUGCUGCAGGGGAAGAUGCACCCUUCCGAUGGGAUCAUGUGAGGGUCAAGUUGAAGAAAGAGAUUGUUACUCUUGGAAUGCCUUCUGUAUCACCUAUCGAGAAGGUUGGAACAUACGUGAAUCCAAGGGAAUGGAAUGCUUUGAUCAGUGACCCCAAUACAGUGGUGAUUGAUGUGCGCAAUGACUAUGAAACCAGAAUUGGGAAGUUCAAAGAAGCAGUUGGCCCAUGUACGACAGCAUUCCGGGAAUUUCCAUCUUGGGUGGAGGAUCAGUUCCAAGUUUCUGAUACAGAUGAUGAGCAUUCAAAGGGGAAAGAGAUUGGGCCAAAUGGAAGCACCAAAACACAAGAAGAGAAUCCAGAGAGAAAAAUGCCUCAAAGGGUUGCAAUGUACUGCACAGGAGGAAUAAGAUGUGAAAAGGCUUCAAGUUAUCUCCUCAGCAAAGGAUUCAAAGAGGUUUAUCAUUUGGAAGGUGGGAUUUUGAAAUACCUUGAGGAAGUACCAAAAUCAGAGAGCCUCUGGGAGGGCGAAUGCUUUGUGUUUGAUAAGCGGGUCUCAGUUGGGCAUAGUUUGGUACCGGGAACUUUCAAGCUUUGCUAUGGGUGCAAACAACCAGUGAGUGAUGCUGACAUGGAAUCCCCUGAGUGGGAGUAUGGAGUUUCUUGUCCAUACUGUUACUCAUUGAAAUCUGAUGAAGAGAAGGAGAGAGCAAGAGCUCGACAAAGGCAAUUUGAGGCAUGGGGCAUCAUAGGUGGCCCAGACAAGGGUCGUCGACCAACAUCAAGUCCAGAUGGUAAUAGGAUUGAGAGUUCAACUUCUACCCACCUUUCUGAUUCAGCUUAGCUAGUGCAGAAAAUGCAGUUUGAGAGAAUUUUGUGUUGGAAAUUUUGGUUGUGUUAGAAAAAGUUUUUAAGAACAAUGAAUUAAUGUUAUCAUCUCUCUCUUGCAUUCUGUCUAA